GAGUCACGUGACCUAGCCGCGCGACCAAUCAGCGCAGUCCUAUGGAGUAUUCAAAUCCGCGGCGGUGCCGACGGUUGUGGGGCGACACGGCUCUGCCAGUGUUGCGGGACCCGAGUGUCGUCUUCUGCCGCCAUGGACCCCGCCGUGCACUGACAGGCCUAUGGAGAGUCGGGGUGUGCCUCCCGGGCCUUACCGGGCCACCAAGUUGUGGAAUGAAGUCACCACAUCUUUUCGAACAGGAAUGCCUCUAAGAAAACAUAGACAACACUUUAAAAAAUAUGGCAAUUGUUUCACAGCAGGAGAAGCAGUGGAUUGGCUUUAUGACCUAUUAAGAAAUAAUAGCAAUUUUGGUCCUGAAGUUACAAGGCAACAGACUAUCCAACUGUUGAGAAAAUUUCUUAAGAAUCACGUAAUUGAAGAUAUCAAAGGCAGAUGGGGAUCAGAAAAUCUUGAUGACAACAAUCAGCUAUUCAGAUUUCCUACAACUUCUCCACUUAAAACUCUUCCACGAAGGCAUCCAGAAUUGAGAAAAAACAGCAUAGAGAACUUUUCCAAAGAUAAAGAUAGUAUUUUUAAAUUACGAAACUUAUCUCGUAGAACUCCUAAAAAGCAUGGAUUACGUUUCUCUCAGGAAAAUACAGAGAAAAUAAAGCACGCAAUAAUCAACGAAGAUCAAGAAAAUUUAGUUGAUGAUAGAGAAAUAAGCCAGGAAGAUGUUGAAGAAGUGUGGCGCUGCAUUAUUCUGAUCUACCUGCAAACUAUUUUAGGUGUGCCAUCGCUAGAAGAAGUCAUAAAUCCAAGACAAGUAAUUCCUCAAUAUAUAAUGUACAACAUGGCCAAUACAAGUAAACAUGGAGUUGUCGUACUACAAGACAAAUCAGAUGACCUUCCUCACUGGGUAUUAUCUGCCAUGAAGUGCCUAGCAAAUUGUAAAUAUUACGAAUUAUUUGUGAACAUUUUGGUUGUUUGUGGCUACAUCACAGUUUCAGAUAGACCCAGUGGGAUACAUAAAAUCCAAGACCAUCCACAGUCUUCAAAAACCCUUCACUUAAACAAUUUGAAUUCCUUCAAAUCAACUGAGUGUCUUCUUCUUAGUCUGCUUCAUAAAGACAAAAACAAAGAAGAAUCAGAUUCUACUGAGAGACUACAGAUAAAUGAUCAAGGAUUUCAAGAAAGAUGUGCUAAGAAAAUGCAGCUAGUUAAUUUAAAAAACAGAAGAGGGAGUGCUAAUGACAUAAUGGGAGGAAGUUGUCAUAAUUUAAUAGGCUUACGUAGUAUGCAUGUUCUAUCCUCUAACAUCAAACCAAGGUGCUAUUCUUUGGAAGGAAUUGUAGAUAUGCCAGGGAAUUCAAGUAAAGAGACGUCCAGUGUCUUCCAUCAAUCUGUUCUGAACAUAGAAGGACGAAAUAAUAAACAAUUUUUACAAUCUGAGUCCAAACAGGAAUUCCUAUUGAAUCUUCAUUCACAGAAAAGUAAUCAAAAGCCAUUCAGUGUUGGUUUUAAGAGAACCUCUACUUUGACUGUUCAAGACCAAGAGGAGUUAUAUAAUGGGAAAUGCAAGUCAAAACAGCUUUGUAGGUCUCAGAGUUUGCUUUUAAGAAGUAGUACAAGAAGGAAUAGUUAUAUCAAUACACCAGUGGCUGAAAUUAUCAUGAAACCAAAUCUUGGACAAGGCAGCACAAGUGUACAAACAGCUAUGGGAAGUGAACUCGGAGAGUCUAGUACCACAAUCAAUAAAAGACUCUGCAAAAGUACAAUAGAACUUACAGAAAAUUCUUUACCUCCAGCUUCUUCUAUGUUGACUGGCACACAAAGUUUGCUGCAACCACAUUUAGAGAGGGUUGCCAUCGAUGCACUACAGUUAUGUUGUUUGUUACUCCCCCCACCAAAUCGUAGAAAGCUUCAACUUUUAAUGCGUAUGAUUUCCCAAAUGAGUCAAAAUGUUGAUAUGCCUAAACUUCAUGAUGCAAUGGGUACAAGAGCACUGAUGAUACAUACUUUUUCUCGGUGUGUGCUAUGCUGUGCCGAAGAAGUGGAUCUUGAUGAGCUUCUUGCUGCAAGAUUAGUUUCUUUCUUAAUGGAUCAUCAUCAGGAAAUUCUUCAAGUACCCUCUUACUUACAGACUGCUGUGGAGAAACAUCUUGACUACUUAAAAAAAGGACAUAUUAAAAAUCCUGGAGAUGAAGAAAUUGCUCCUCUGCCAAUUUAUUCAUACUGUAAGCAGAUUAGCGCUCAGGAGUUUGAUGAACAAAAAGUUUCUACCUCUCAAGCUGCAAUUGCAGAACUUUUAGAGACUAUUAUUAAAAAUAAGAGUUUACCCCUAAAGGAGAAAAGAAGAAAACUAAAACAGUUUCAGAAGGAAUAUCCCUUGAUAUAUCAGAAAAGAUUUCCAACCACAGAAAGCGAAGCAACACUUUUUGGUGACAAACCUACAAUCAAGCAACCAAUGCUGAUUUUAAAAAAACCAAAGUUUCGCAGUCUGAGAUACUAACUGAAUUAAAAAUUAUGUAACUUGUGGAACUUUGAUAUAUGAAGCCAUAUCUGAGAACCUACCUACUAAAAAGGAAGUCUGUUACUAAUAGGGACUUCCUAAAUAAACACAUUAUGCAGGGAGGUGCCAAAAUAGUUGUUUAUCAAUAUGAGAUUGCUAAGAAACUACUAGUUCUCAACUGACAGCACCUAACAAUAGGUGAUACCAAAUAUUUUAACCAGGAACAAUCGUUAGUUUUUAAUACAACUAUCAGGAAAAGGUAUCAUGAUGUGUACUAAAAUUGUAUUUACUUGAAUUUUGAAAACUGAGCUGUGUCCAUCAAGAUUAAGCUGUAAUUCUGUUCUUAAAAGAAAAACUAUAUAUAAGUCCAUAGAUAAUUAGCUGAAGAACUAGUUGUUUAGGGUUACUUCUUUGUUUCUAAGUUUAAGAAUGUGAAGACUAUAUGAAAGCUCAAUGAAUUAAUUCUCAAUUGCUAAAUGUUGCACUCUUUUGUAUAUUCUUUUUCUACUUUUGACCUAUUUAUAUAUAUGUAUGUAUUUUUAAAACAUUUAUAUAUAUUAUAACAUUUUGGUUUUGCCUUAAACAUUAUCCUGACUGCUUUAGUCAUUUGUUCAAUGUAUUUUGAAUUCUUAUUUUCAUAAUCUACUAGAAGGUGGUGAUUUAAAGGAAGUAUAAGGCAAUCAUGUAUUCGUUUAAAAGAUUUAUUUAGCAACUGCUAUGUGCUUUCAUUGUUCCAGAUAUGUGGAAAUAAUGAUGAAUAAAACAAAAUAUCCUCCCUUGAGGUAUUUAUUUUCUAAUCGAGGGAGAUAACCUAUCAGAUGCUUAAAAUAAAAAUAUACUCAGUGAAGUCAAGGUAUAUGGAAUCCUUCAGCUGAAGACUGACUUCUAUGAUUAUGGAAUAGUUCUGUAAGCUAGCCGUUUUUAAGCUGGUAUUCAUUAGAAUCAUGUGGGUAGUUUUAAACAUUUGUAUGCCCAGGGCCUACCUUAUACCAAUUAAAUCUGAAUUUUAGGGGUGUUAUAUAGGCAUCAGUAUUUUUUUUAAUUCUCUAGGUGAUGUCUAAUAUUCAGCCAACUUUGAGAAUCAGUGCCUUAAAUGCUUUUUUAUAAACAUUCAAAUAAAUGUCAAGAUGGGAGCACACUCACUUUGUAUUCAUUGGAAGAAAAUGCCAAGUAUAAAUGCCUCUCAUCUUAACACAAGGUUCUCCAUAUUUCUGCUUGAUUUAUUUGUUACAAACUUGAAGAAAGUUGUCUUCCAUUUUUUAUUCCAAGAUUUUUUAAAUAUCUAUUCCUUAAGUGUAAAGAAAUAUAUAAUGCCUGGGAUGUAAUAGACUCUUAAUGUUUAAUGACU